AUGUCGCUCGACUUGUCUACUUUCCCGCCCAACAGCCGCUACGGAAACUUGAGCAACGCCUACACUGGUCACAUGUGCUACUGUCCCGGGCAUCUUGACCUCUCGGCACCCAAAAGUUCGGUGGGUGAAUGGGUCGGGUCGGGAAAACCCCUUACCCCUGGAACCGUUGUCCAGGUAGUGACGUUUGAAGACGGGAAUUCUACCUUUCUUUGCAGAGGAUGCGGCGUGUCUGCCGUUGGGUGUUCCACGGGAGAUCCCGACGAGUACGACAUGGAGACCGCCGGUAUCUAUGAAGACUACAAGAACACCUUUAAGAAAGCAGUUUCUGUACAAGCAGGAGCUAUGACUCCAGAGGGGGGGUUCCUUGCUUUCUGCGUGGAAGCGACCCCGUUCAAGAUUGACAGAGACACCAUGACUGAUCCAGACACGGUGUCGAGGAAAUUCACCGAGUUUGCACAACUCCAGACUGUGGAUGAGUCCAAAAUAUCUCUAGCUGAGGAAUGGUGUUUUCAGGACUGGGAAAAGGAUUCCCAGCACAAGAGUUGA